AUGGGUGUAGCACAGGAUGAGUAUAGCCACAAGCCAGAGGCUAAGUCCAGGGCAAAGUCUCGCACAAGACUAGCGAGGUCCAAGUCGAGAAGUGCUCUCGCUCGUCAUAAUACUGGUAAUAGCGAACCGAAGGAGACCAAACUAUCGCGGCAUCAAACUGGAAAUAGCGAGCCAAAGGAAAGCCGGAUACGAAAACAUGACACUGGUAAUAGCGACAGCAAGCUACAAUUGCAAAAACAGAACACUGGUGGAAGCGACAGCCAAACGGCAAUUAUUGCCCGCGCGGCAACCUACACUAAACCAUUGAUUAGUUCAGCGACUUAUCAUCUCCCCCCUCCGCCGUCUGGGACCUUUGGAGGCAACACUACUUCUCUGGCGGAGCUUGCACACCUUGUUAGGCUUCAGUCUUAUCAACAACUCAAACACACACAAUCCAGGAUACGGUUGCACCGCCAAUUAAUAUCUACUGGUAUUUCGGCACGCCUGGAAAGAUGUGGUGCUUUAGCUAGGACCCAUAUGGUCGAUUACUUUAAGGACGACAAGAAGAGGGAAUUUGCCGUGUUAUACAAUGCCGUUCACGACCUCAAGGACUCUUGCGAGCGAUUGGCCAUGCUUCAGCCUGAACUGGAUGUCACCAAAAUAUCUUACGGAGAUUCAGAGUCGGAACGCCCUAAAUCCUUGCAUACUUUUCUCCAAGAUAUUCCUCCACAGACGAGAGACACAAUCCUCUCCUUCAUUGCCACACUGCGGUCAAAUCCAAAGUUCCUUGCGGAUAGACUGUGCAAACUUUCUCCUAGUGAUCUCGACACAAUUGCAAAGUCGAAUCAAAUCACACAAACCCAGGAAUCAGUGCUCCCUACAAAUAGAAAAAACGUCACUCCUAACCCAAUAGCUCCAGUUCCCACUCUUGCCGUUGAUAAGCUACUAGCUUUUCAUAGACUUGACCCUCUCCAUACCCUUAUCCACACUAUCUUCGCAAAUUCCAGCGGACCGGACUCCGAGGAGGAUCGUCGAAGAACUGAUGUUUGGUCAACUGUUUGUGCUCGACUUCUCAAUGAGAAGCGAGGUGAAAAGUUUUUGUAUGCUGUUAUGGACUCAUGGUCUUCCAUGAGAGAAUGGCCUGCUAGGAACAACAUUGAGGUCUGCCUCAUGAAAAUGCUUCAGGAUGGCGCCGCGGUGUUGCAACUGGACCGACAAGAGGAUACCUCUAACGACAAAGUCCGACAAGAUCUUAUCCGUAAACAAGAAGAGGAGUUUUACGUCAAUGCAUCUAGGUCAUUGUUCCAGACUUUGGAUGACGAGCCAUGCGCUGGUGGUAUUCCUGAGGGUAUCCUGGAACUAGGACAUGCCAUCUUGGAGAAGAUCGAGGAUCCUAAGAGGAAGAAGCUCGCCGAGGUCUUUAUUGUCGCCAAGUGGUUCUUUGGUAGAUACCUCAAUACUGCCAUCCAAUAUCCUGAAUAUCAUGGCAUCAUGGUGGGUCAUUACAUUAGUGAGUACGCUCGUCAAGCGAUUCUGCGUCGGGUAAUCCAGAGGAUGUGCACCGACGUCUUCAGCAUUUGCUUUGUUGAAUUGAAAUCGAGUCGACCCAUUGACCCUAUCGUUCGCAACCAUGUUGAAAGCAUCAUGGGCCGAUUCCGCAAUCCUCGUCCAAAGGAUAGCAACCCAAUUCUUCUUCCAGUCAAAGCUGUCACAUCUCCUCGUGAAACUAUCGAAGUCCAACCUUAUCUGGUUCUGUGCCCGACCGAUGUUGUUACCGUUUUCCACGCCCUCUUCCCCCAAGCUUCGCAGAGGCCUGCUACUUCCUCAUCUGAGAAGGACUUUGGCUCCAAGAAGUUUAGUCGCUCAAUCAAUACCGGUCGCUCAGCCGUAUCGCGCCCUCCAAGCAUCUUCGAAAAUGCUAGUGCAUCUUUCAAGAGUAGCUCCUCUAUUACCAGCGACAACGGACUUUCUACCAUGAAUGCCCCGUUGCUCGAGAAUCAAUAUGGAAGCAUGGACGAAAAAUACGCUAACUCCCUAGUUGGCUCUCCAAACUCUUUCACCAUUGCUCCAAAUAUCAAGUCCUCCCAGGCUUCUAUCUAUUCAAUCCAGUCUAUUACCUCCGAGCCAGAUGAUGAACUUGAAGUCUUCAUGAUGGACGUCAAGAUGGCAAUCACUGAGAUGACUCGCAAACUCGGCGCGGAGGCAACCUCCGGAAGAACACACCCAUGUGCUGAGAAAUGGGCCGUCUUGUUUGUCUCCGCUGAUGGCAAAGCUCUUUCCGGUCGCAUGAAAACCGAUUGGGAAGAUGAGGAUGAUGAUGACAGCGAUAGCAGUAGCGAUAAUGAUAGUGACGACGAUUCUCCGGGUGAGGUGUCCAGAGACUAUAAUCAAGUCAAGCAAGCUAUUAUGAAGUUGAUAGAAGAGUAUGAGGUGCCAGAGGAACUUAUCGAAGAAGAUGAGAACCAAUCCAAGAAGUUCAGCAAUAGAACAUCGGUUGCGACUAACCGGAAGCACGCUGCUCCGGUUGCCUCUACUGUUACCAGCUAUAUCCAAGACCAGAAUCCGUACUUUCAAGCCACUGGUGGCUUGAGCGCUCUAUUCAAUGGCAGCCCUGAUCGAGAACGUCAGCGACUUGAUCUCCCACGCGACAGCAAUGACCGCCUCCGACAAUCUAGUAAGGAGGGCAACGCUGAUGUUCUCUUGACUAUGUUGUCCGCCGCUCAAUCUCAAUGCAUGGCUCGUGGAGCUUAUGUCGACGGUCAAAUCUUUCACCGCGCUGUUACCAUCCUCCUUCGCAAACUUGAACCUUCUCUCACUCGCAAUGGGUUUGCACCACUUCUUCAUAUCCUCUCCCGCGGCUUCCGUGUUUCUAUCGAGAAGUCUGCAGCCUGCAUCGAGCACCUUGAGGCCUGGUUUGUGUGGUUGACUAUGGCGCAAGAGAGACACGACUCUGCGACCAACGACAUGCUUGCACUUACUAAGGCGCUUCGCGUGAAGAUGUGGUACGUCACAGAUGUUCGCAACUCUGCCGCCUAUGAUGAUGCUCGCAAUGUUGCCAUGGCUCUUAAGAAGAUGGCUAUUCCACCAAAGACAAAGGAUGGUCGUCCUAUCCCUCAACAACGUGCUAAGACUGGUCUCACCCAUCGCAUGUCAACCAGCAGCUUCUCUCUUCUCAAAGGUGACAGCUUGAUUGAUACACUCGCCGCUCCCGUUGAUAACGGCGGCCCGAACAAGCUUAGCGACGAGCAAGCCGAGAUCACUAGUGCCUGGCUCAAGCGCUACUCCGUCACAAACUUCUGCACUGGAGAGGAAAGAAUCCAUCGUUUCUGUUGCGAGAUUGACAAGUGUGUCAACAAGCUUGUGGGCAAAGAGAUCCUUACAGGUCCUGUUCUUUGGUCUAGCGAGUUGUUUGCAAGAGACGAGAGAGAACUUGCCAAUGUCCGUAAGAAGGGAGAGUUCCACCUCGCUGGUGUUGGCGGGUUAAAUAUGACCAUGGACAACGUUGAUGCCGACGGCGACAAGCUCAACAAGCUUAGACCAAAGGCUAGCGCAAGUGAUCUCUUCGGUCUAGGUAUUGGGCGCCCGAGAUCUCAAAGCAUCGUCAGCACCUUCUCCGCUCUCUCAACCACACCAAACAAUCGCCCACGUGCUAGUCGAGGCAGUGCUUCAGAAUCGUUCAUGGAUAAGAACGACCUUUUCAACACCCCAACUCCUCAGUUGUCCAUGGAAUCUACCCCAACUUCUGCUUUCUGGAGUCCAUUUGGAAGUGUGACACCACUGGCAGGAUCUCCUCGUGGCAAGGCUAACACUGCCCUUCCAACCUUGAGCACUUCAAGGUCCAUGGAAGGUGAAAACCAAGAGAAGAAAGCUUUCCUCUCCUCCCUCAAAACCUCACUCAUCGGACUUCUUUUGAGCGACCUCGGUCUUGACGUUUGGAGCCAGGGCAGUGAAACCGAUGCUUGGUUCUCGGGUGGCCUUGCCGAUGAGUGCAUGCAACGUCGCGAGGACCAAGAACGUGCUCUGCAAGAGCGAAACGCCUCUUCGAAGAGUUUGAAUACCGUUGCGUCUAAGAAAUUGCUGAAUCGCAAGAAGAGCAACAAAAGCUUGAGGAGAUCCGUUUCUCACGCCAAUGGAAUCUUGGAAGCGCUUGGCCGUGGUGAGAAGGGUGAACUAGCUGCCCCUGUAGCUACCUAUGAGACUGUUGGUCACGAGCCUCAUUCCGGUGAAGACAACUCCUCCAGCAGCGAUGCUACUGCCCGGUCUGCGACUACUGCCACUGGUGCAUCAUCAAACAACAAGAAGGGUUCCUACCAAAGCUUCCCAUAUGCCGUUGCCUUCCGCCGCCUUCUCACAAAGUUCUCUACUCACCCAAAUCCCUUCGACAAGCUCAAUGCUCUCUAUGAACUCGAAAUCCUCAUUGUUGCUUCUCUCACAACAACCACCGGCAAGACAUUUACUCGCCGUGGAACAUUCCCCACCACUCCAUCUGCUGACUUUGAGCCUGUUGCUCGUGAGUUGAGCGCUCGUAUGAGCAACCUCAUAACUCAGCCCGCUAAUCUCGACGAAAGCCUUGCACAUGCGGACGAGCGCCGGCACGCUGGUCUCUCUGGAUCUCCCUUCAUGACACCAACUGGUUCUCGUACCCCAGUGGUAACCAAUCUUCCUUCCACAGAAAUCAUUGUCGAAGUCUGGCAGGAGCUCUUCCGUCAGGCUGAUAUUCGACCACGCACUCUCUUCCGGGAUCUUCAAUUCGUCGCUUCUUUCAUCCCCUCCUACCAACUAGACCUCACUGUCCAAGGCAAGGCUUUUUGGGAUAUGGCUAAUGCUGCUCUCCGCCUUAAGGUUGACGUUGUCAAGACAAUGGUAGAGGUUGCUGAUGAGGUUGUCGGCUAUCAUACUAAGAGACGUACCCCAGAGUCUGCUGCUGCCCAACCCGCUAUUUCCAAGGAGAAGUUCGACAAGAACCCAGAUCUCAAAUCCAAGUCUCCACAGCCGCAAGGUUCUGAAUGGAUUGCCCGUUAUUCCAUGAAGGACGCCGCCAGCAUGUGGUUGAUUACAGCCAAGGAAGGAGAUGCAACUGCACAACGCGAGCUUGCUAUCUUUUAUCUUACUAAUCCGGCAUUGCUACCACUGGCCACUAUGCCGAUGAGCAAGACUAAGGAUAUUUUCCGCAACGACUCAACAGUUACCCGAGGAGUUGACCCGGAGAAGUGUGAUCCGUUGAGACUGUGUGUUUCCCAUCACUGGAUGGAGCUGUCCUCUCGUGAGGAUGAGCUAGCAAAGAGAUAUCUCAGGCAGAGAGAUGAGUGGUAA